AUGCAGGGCGUUGGGCUCGAGGCUUCAAAAACAUCUCCGCCUGCGGAUGAGUCGACAUCUGUGCAGUCUAGCUCGGGUCCGGCAGACGAAGCGACCCGUUUGAAAGAGCUUCACGCCGAUAUCCGCGAUCAAGAUGCUCUAGAGAGAGAUAUAACGCGUCAGGCUGAUAGACUUCUUAUGGAGCAAGCCGAUGAGCGCGAUAAUAAGAGACUAGACAAGACGAACCAAGAAAAAGAGAAACUUGAAUCGCAGAUUCUGAGAUUACACCAACGCCUGGCUCAGCCGAUUGGGACAUCAGCCCGGGUGCGUCUCCAAAAUGAUCUCGCAAAAUUGGAAGAACGUAAUACGGCCCUUGCAAAUGAUCUCAAAGAGAUUCAGCAGCGUAUCGAUGAAAGGCAUCAAGAGCAGGAGAUGAACAUGGAACCGAGUGGGACGGGAAGAAUGCCCAACGAAUCUCGCAGAGACUACCUCAUAAGGACUGGAAAGAUUACACCGUUCUCGCGAAUGGGAACUGGUUCGAGCGCCGGCCCUUUAGCUAGCCUUCAGGAUGCGCUUAUUGAUGCCGAGGAUGAGCGCGAUGAAUUGGAGGCUUUGGAACAGGUAAAAGCGCGGUCAGCUGUCUCCCAUCGUAACCUAGUGCGCCCUAGUUUCGGUUUCGAUGAGACAAGUGAAUCAACUGCUGCUGAAGAACAGGCCCAUGAGCGGCCCGGGAAGAGAAGAAAGCUAGAAAAAAGUACUCAAUCGAGUAAGGUUUCCGUUAAGACAGAAGAUACGGACCUGGGCAUGGAGACGCUCUCCGAUGGCCCUGCAUCCGAAGAUCAGGAUGAUUCAGCGAGUUAUAUCGAAGAUCCGGAGCAGGAGUUCUCCGAAGACGACGAAGACUUUGUGACCGAGGAGAAACCAGUCAGGGCGAAAAAAGCCAAAAGUAGUGAUGAGGUGGAAGAUUUCAGCGGACUCGACGAUGGUAAUGAAAAGCUGUACCAGUCAAGACUUCAAAACUGGGUAUCUCGACGAAGUGCUGCUCGAAAGCGUGCCCGGCAACCUCGGGAGUUAGAUACAAACCAGGUUCCUGAUAUAGGUGAAGCAGACUUCCGGGACUCUGAAGACGAGGAGUGGUUUAAGCCCCAUCCGACCCAGCCAGACCUACACCUAGACAAUGGCUACCGCAUUCCUGGUGAUAUCCAUCCCCUUCUUUUCGAUUACCAGAAAACCGGGGUCCAAUGGAUGUGGGAGUUGCACCAGCAGCAAGUUGGAGGUAUCAUCGGUGACGAAAUGGGUCUCGGGAAAACAAUCCAGGCCAUUGCAUUUCUGGCUGGCCUACAUUAUAGCAAGAGGUUGACGAAGCCGAUCAUCGUCGUCUGCCCAGCUACUGUAAUGAAACAAUGGGUCAACGAGUUUCACCGCUGGUGGCCUCCAUUCCGUGUUUCUAUUCUGCAUACUUCUGGCAGCGGAAUGGUGAACAUAAAGAGUGAAAGCAGCCGCGAGGACGCACUUAUGUAUGGAACCUACUGGUCUGGUGGCUCUAGCAGCGGCUUGAAAGCGGCGAGAAAAGUUGUCAAGCGAGUAGUUGAAGAAGGACAUGUGCUAGUCACCACUUAUUCGGGCUUGCAGAGCUACGCUUCACUUUUGAUACCUGUUGAAUGGGGAGGUACUAUCCUCGACGAGGGCCACAAGAUUCGCAAUCCCAACACUUCCAUCACCAUGCAUGCCAAAGAGCUUAGAACACCACAUCGGAUUAUUCUUUCGGGAACGCCAAUGCAGAACAACCUGACCGAGCUAUGGUCGCUAUUCGAUUUUGUCUUCCCAAUGCGUCUUGGCACGUUAGUGAAUUUUCGCAACCAGUUCGAGUUUCCUAUCAGGCAGGGUGGUUAUGCCAACGCUUCGAACUUACAGGUGCAGACAGCUGCCAAGUGUGCAGAGACCCUCAAAGACGCUAUUAGUCCUUAUCUUCUGCAACGAUUCAAGAUUGACGUGGCAGCUGAUCUGCCCAAAAAGAGUGAGCAGGUUCUCUUUUGCAGGCUCACAAAGCCGCAGAGGCAAGCAUAUGAGGCAUUUUUAGGCUCGGAAGAGAUGCAAUCUAUUCUCAGAGGUCGAAGGCAGGUACUUUAUGGUGUGGAUAUCCUGCGGAAAAUAUGCAAUCAUCCGGACUUGCAGAAUCAUAAGUUACUAUACGCCAAGCCAAACUAUGGAAACCCAACGAAGUCGGGAAAGAUGCAAGUAGUUAGGUCGCUGCUCGAGCUAUGGAAAGAGACGGGCCACAAAACACUUCUAUUUGCUCAACAUCGAAUCAUGCUAGAUAUCUUGGAGAAAUUCGUCAAAUCUCUCUCUGGCUUCAACUAUCGCCGUAUGGACGGCACUACGCCCAUUCAGCACCGGCAAACGAUGGUUGACGAGUUCAACAAAGACCCUGAUUUGCAUGUCUUCCUACUUACCACUAAGGUUGGAGGAUUAGGUGUCAACCUCACCGGGGCAGACCGCGUCAUCAUUUACGACCCUGACUGGAAUCCUUCGACUGACGUACAGGCCCGAGAACGUGCAUGGCGACUUGGACAGAAGCGUGAUGUGACCAUUUACCGAUUGAUGACUGCUGGGACUAUCGAGGAAAAAAUUUAUCAUCGUCAGAUAUUUAAGCAAUUUCUGACAAAUAAGAUUCUGAAAGACCCUAAGCAGCGGCAGACUUUCCAGCUCAGUGACUUAUAUGACCUCUUUGCACUGGGAGAAGAGGGUCAAGGCCCAACGGAGACAAGCAAGUUAUUCAAAGAAGCCGAAGUCACUUACGAGGAAAACAGGGACAAAGAUGCACCAAAGGAACGUGACGCUAGUUACCAGCGAGACGUAGAGGCCGAAAAGCAAGACAUCAGCAAGGUAACCGGAGUCGCUGCAAUCGAACAGUUCCAAGGUGAACCGGAACAGCAAGCGAAGCAGGAGUCAGGAGAAUCCGGCACAAACUCCGAGUCGCGCCUGAUGGAGGGUAUAUUCGCCAGAUCAGGCGUUCAUUCAGCGCUCGAACACGACCAAAUCGUCAACGGCAAACGCGUCGUCAGAGCAGACCCCAAGAUAAUCGAAGCGGAAGCGAAGCGAGUAGCCGCUGAAGCCGCUGAGCAACUCCGCCGUGCAGGCGAAGCAGCCAAAUCUGUUCCAAUCGGGACCCCAACAUGGACGGGACAGUUCGGUGUUGCCGGGAAACCGGAGGAGUCACCAAUGCCCAUGCGAGGUCCGUUCGGCGGACGAAGCAGCACAGCCAGACGCGCCCUAGCCGGUCCCUCGUCGGCAAGUAUCAUAGCUAAUCUCUCUUCUCGUACGCCCUCGUCUCGAAGUGCCACCAAUAGCCCUGCCCCAGGAAAUGAGCCCAGCGGGAAGGAUUUCAUCACGAUGAUCCGGGAUUUUAUCACAACCCAUGGAGGGUCAGUCUACACACAGAAUCUGAUUGACCAUUUUAACCGGUACUGUACCACACCACAAAAGUCAGCAGAAUUCAAGGAGAUGCUGAAGCAGAUUGCUGUUCUCGAUAAAGGGGGAAGAAAUGCAUUUGACCUGUAUUCUACGCCCGCAGAUUUUUGGACCAGGGACAACUCAUUUUAG